AUGAAUGCCAGACUUUUUAAAGGGAUUUUCAUCUCCUUAUGCCUUAUGCGAGCUCCUCUGGCCACGAAUUUGGCUGAAAAUGGACAAGGCACCGAUGAGCCGACGCCCAAGGGCGAAGAAACUAAAACCCCCGUAAGGUUGUGACACCAAUCGAGAGAGGACGUCUUCGCGAACACAACGAUACCACAACCAUGCCUUAAAACCCUCUGGCUUAUGAGUUACACACGUUUUUUCCAAGAUGGAAAGAAAAUUUUGUCAUCCGGGUUUUUGCCUUUUUUGGAAAAAGGGCAUGUAAAGUGCAUCAAAUGAUAUGAUUUUUUGGGAAUGGUGUUAGACUGUCCUAGGAUGUUUCUAUGCCGAUUUUGGAGGUUCUAGGCCCAGCGGUUCCCGAGAUACGAGGUGGCAAGAAAAUUUUGUCAACCAGUAUAGGUCUAAAGCUUUGUCGGCUUGGCAGACGUUUGGUCUAUACUGUAUAUCCCUGUUCUUUGCUCUUAUCAUGUUGUGCGUGGCAUAUCCAGCCUUUCGAUACAGCGGUCUGGCCCGACCUGGCUUCAAUUAUGGAGCUUUAUGGUAUAAAGAGCCGCCGUUUCCAACAUUGCUCAUUUCUGAUUUUGUAAGUUCCAAAACAAUGCUUCUUCCUGUUUUCUUAACCUUACAAUUUCAUCCAUUUCAGACCAGUGUUUACGCUCAACGCUACCUAUUCUACUGUGUCAGCGUCUUCGUUGGAAGUUACGGAAUUUCUCUGAUUCUUGCAGUGAAGACGCUGAGAUUAUUGGCCGAGAACCAGGAGGUAUACGGUGAAAAGACAAAGAAGAUGCAAAAACAACUUACUUUGACGCUUGCUUUGCAGGUAAGACGGCUGUUCUGA